AUGGCUCGGUGGUUUCUAGAAAGAGAGAAUUCUACCUUUUCUCUUCGGAGAGGGCGAGAGAUUUGGAAGGUUAAAAAGGUUGGAACUGAAGAUGAUGAAGCUCCAACCUUCAAGUCCUCUUCAAACCCAAAUGAAGAAAUGCCAACACCGAGGAAGAAGCUUCCAGCUCGAUCUGUUGUUACAUUUUUUAGGCACGACUGUUCAAACCUACACUUUGGUCUUGGGCUCCGUGUGGUAAGCACCCUUUUUGGUUAUAGGCGUGGCCAUGUUCACUUUGCUUUUCAGAAAGAUCCCAAUUCCCCACCAGCUUUCCUUAUUGAUCUUGCUAUACCAAUUAAUAUUAAACUCCAUAAAUGA